GAGACCAUCAGGAUCCCAGCACCAUAGAGAGGGAGUGGAUGGACACUAAGACCCAGCUACAUAUGUCUGAGGCAGAGAUCCAUCAGCUGAUUCUACAGAGACAGAGGAAGAUGGAGGAGAUAAUGUCAUCACUGGCUCAACUACAGCUCUCAGUGGAACGUGAGACGGCAGGCGUCAUGUGUGUGUUCAGUGCGUUGGUGUGCGCGGUUGAGAGGUCGCAGGCUGAGCUCAUGGAGGUGAUUGAGAUUAGUAGGCAGUUGGCAGAGCACCAGGCGGACGAUGUGAUUCGUCAGCUAGAACAGGAAGUGAAUGAGCUCAGGAAGAGAAGCCACGCCCUCUCCCAGCUGGCCCAAUCAGACGACUACGUUCAUUGUAAAAAGAGCUACCCUACACUCUGCACUCCUCCACCAAUCAGAGACUGGUCUGGGGUGUCGGUAAACUGUGACCUGGGAACGGGGCCCAUCUAUACAUCGCUGUCUGUCCUGGUCCAACAUUUCCAGGAAGAGAUCAGCAGGAUGGUUCAAUUUGGCGUACGAGUUCCAGUAGAAUCCUCUCCAAUACCACAGCCCAAGGUGAUGCGUGUACAGGAGUAUGCAGUGGACGUGACUAUGGACUCAAGCACUGCCCACCCCAGGCUCAUCCUAUCAGGAGACGGAAAAUGGUUAGUAAGAUGUGGGGACUGUCACCAGCCGGUACCUCAUAACUCUGAGAGGUUUGACCGUGUCGUGUGUGUUCUGGGUCGAGAAGGGUUCUCCUCAGGUCAACACUAUUGGGAGGUGGAGGUGGGCGGGAAGACGGACUGGGAUCUGGGCGUGGCCAGCCACUCCAUCAACAGGAAGGGGAAGAUAACGGUAUCCCCUAGCAACGGCUACUGGUUCCUCAGCCUCAGAGAUAAACACAACUAUGUGUUCCGGACAGAUCCCUCCACUGAGCUGCUUCUCAACCUCAGACCACAGAAGAUCGGGGUGUAUGUGGAUUAUGAGAAAGGGCAGGUAUCGUUCUACAACGUGGACGCUAAGCUCCACAUCUACACCUUCCUGGCCUCCUUCUGUGAGUCUGUGUUCCCGUUCUUCAGUCCCUGCACCAACAAGUCAGGCAAGAACGACGGAGCCCUCGUCAUCACUCCAGUACUGCUCAUGGACACCCAUCCACUACAACCCAAUGAUUGUGAUGAAUUGAACAUCUGAGGCCCCUGACUCUAACCCACUCAUAUAGAAAAAUGUGCUCUGGGCUACAGAUUGGGGGAACAAAUUGUUUUUGACUAUCUUUUUGUUGUUGUUGUUGUUGUUGUUGUUGUUGUUGUUGUUGUUGUUGUUGUUGUUGUUGCCUGAUUUAGAUAUGUUUUCCGACAUUAGAUACAUGCAGCAUAUCUUCUGUUGUUAUGUUUCCCCGUAGAAGACUAAAUCAGAUCGUUUGCUCACCAGAAUAAUAUCAUAAAUCGAUAGAAUGAAUGAUUAAAAUUUCAGUUUGUCUCGGGAUUCAUAUUUUAUGCGGUUGAAAUACUAUCCCCAUUGUAUGGCGCUAAUUAAUUAAGCAUCUCUAUAGAAUGUAUCUAACUAAACUCUCAAGAUGCGGAAAUAAAUCAAUCUUAUUUCUCCACUCCUGUUCCCGAGUCAACAUUUAGCCUACAUUUGGUGUAUUAUCUUACUGCAAGAAAUGCUCAAUUCUGAGUUUUUAUUACGGCUAUGUGAGAGGUUAUGGACCUACAGUCAAUGUCCAGAUUUCAGUUUCCAUUUAAGUCAUCUGAACAGUAGGCUACAUUUCCCUUGAAGUGCAAACAGGCCUAUUUGAAGUCCCCUUUUUGUGACUGUUGAGUUUGUUCCUCACAAUCAUCACACAUAACACUGCUAUCAUUCUGUUUUACUACUUCAAUAAAUCUUUACCAAACAUUA